UCAGCUGUCGUCUGUCUGGUAUUGGAACAUCCGAGUCUAAUCAUGAGCAGGAACUACUUGUCCAAAAAUGAUGAGCUCCGCAGAGGAGACUACCUGAUGUCCAACAACAGGCAGUGGAAAGCUGUUUUCGAGGAUGAUGGCAACUUUGUCAUCUAUGGCUGGAAGCCAGUAUGGUCCACUGACACUGCUGGAUCUGAUGCAACCCGCCUGUGCAUGCAGGCUGACUGCAACCUGGUCAUGUACAACAAGGCUGACCAACCCAAGUGGCACACAAACUCUGCCAAAUCUGCAUGCAACAUGUGCCGUCUUCACCUGACAGAUGACGGCAAACUGGUGCUGGACAGGGAGUGCGAUCAGAUCUGGACCUCUGUUAACUCCAAAGGCAUGAAGUAAAUUGCAGUAUGAGUUAUCAGGAAACCCGUUAAUGUAAUCUGGGAUCAAAUAAAA